AUGAAGAGUGGCUUCGAAGUUUUCGAGUUUGGCGAAGAGGACGAACUGGCGGAACGCGCGGAUGCCAAAUUCCUGAGCAAGUUCAAAAACCCUAACCCACCCGAGAAUUCAACCUGCGAGUUCGUCGAAUGCGGUACCACUGAACAUGAUCAUCAGGUCGACAACCACAGUACAGCUGCUUCACAGAUGGUUGGGAAGGAUUUAGAUGCCAAAGAAAGAAAGUCUUGUCAAAAUGCUGCUGCUCUAAAUCCCCUGAUUACUGGUCAUUACUUUCAUUCAAAGAUUGAUUUUUGUCAAACUGCAAAUUCUUAUAUUGAGCAGGAGAGAAUUCCAUGUCAUAAGAGUGAGGCUAAGAGUAUUGAACCUGUUGCCGAUGACUUCGCUGAAAGUGAUCCAUCAAGGGUGUCUCCUGCGAUUGCAAGAGAUUCUGCUGUUUUAAAUGACGUUCCUUCAACAAAUUGUUUUGACAGCCUGCAAACGGAUGAAGCAGAAAUAUGUAUUCCAGUUGACUAUGUUGUCUAUCAGAAGAAGUGCUCAGCGGGAUGCACAGUGUCCUUCUCUCACGACAGUAUAAAAAUCAGCGGUCUAACUACACCUGAAGAAGACCAAGAAAUCCAUAGCCUUGAAAAGGGCAUUGAUGAUAUUGUCCUUAUCCAAUCUGAACGGCUUGAAAGGUUUGAAAGUGUCUCUGUUAAGCUCCAUGUACUGUCAAAGGAUGCAGGACAAGUUCAUGGAACCUCAGGUGUAGAGGAACUGGAAUUUGUAGUUUGUGACCCAGAUUGGUUCGGAAGGUGGCAACAGAUCACAUCUUUGAAUGAGAAAUACAUGAGUCUUUGGAGAGCCGUUCAUGAUACUGAAGAUGGAAGCGUCGACCCACUUCAAAGAAAGCCACACUUCCCAAACUUUGAGAGGGCUUUUGAAGAUGUAAUCUAUCCAGAAGGGGAUAGUGAUGCAGUUUCUAUUAACAAGAGAGAUGUUGCUCUUCUGGAGCCAGAGACGUUCAUUAAUGAUACAAUUAUCGACUUUUACAUCCAGUACUUGAAGAACCAAAUUCCUACGGAAGAAAAGCAUAAAUUCCAUUUUUUCAAUAGUUUUUUCUUCCGGAAGCUUGCUGAUCUUGACAAAGAUCCCUCUAGUGCUCUCGAUGGUCGAGCUGCCUUCUUGCGAGUUCUUAAGUGGACAAGGAAGGUUGAUCUCUUUGGCAAAGACUACGUUUUCAUUCCUGUUAAUUUUGGUCUUCACUGGAGUUUGCUUGUAAUAUGCCAUCCUGGUGAAGUGGCGAGCUUCAAAGAGGAAGACGUGGAGAAGUCCCUCAGAGUACCAUGUAUUUUGCAUAUGGAUUCCAUCAAAGGGACUCAUGCUGGUCUAAAAAAUCUUGUUCAAAGUUAUUUGUGGGAAGAGUUUAAACAGAGACAUAAAGAUGCAUCAGAAGAUGUAUCUUCCAAGUUUAUGAAUUUGCGGUUUGUCCCUCUCGAGCUGCCUCAGCAGGAAAAUUCAUUUGAUUGUGGACUUUUCCUGCUUCACUACUUGGAAUUGUUUCUAUCGGAAGCUCCUGUGAAUUUCAACCUCUUCAGCAUAAACAAGUUCUCCAAAUUCCUGAGUGGAGACUGGUUUCACCCUGCUGAAGCAUCGCUUAAACGCACUCUAAUUCAGAAACUGAUUGCUGAGCUCUUGGAAAAUCGUGACAAGGAAGGUAUUUCUUCGGGUGGCGUUGGUGGUAAAGCACAAACUAUUUUUCCAGACGACGGGAAAGAAUUGGGAGUUGAGUUUGUGGCAAGGAAUUUCACUCCUACAGUAGGUGGUCAUGGGAAUUCAUCAAGUUUUCAUGGUGGCCAGGGGAUUGAGAUGACCGUUUUAGAAACAUCGUCUUCUGUGAGGAACUCUGAAUGUAUUGUUGGUGAUCCGAAUUUGGUGCUGAGGGAACUUUUUCAACCUCGAGUUGCAGACGCAGGAUCAUUACAUGCUCAGUGUUCAUCCUUUGAACCGUCAUCAUCUUAUUACCAUCUCAAUGAGGAUGUGGAACCUAUGGAGGUUGAUCCAGAUAAUGAGUUUAUGGAUUUCCCAUCCGGGGAAGAAGCUGUUUUCUCAAACUCUUUCUCAUACCAAGGAUUUACUGUUGGUGAUUCCUCCCGGAAACCCAGAAUUACCAUGAGGGAAGAUGCAGAAGAUUCAUCGCCAGCUGAAACCUUACAUUCGGACUCUGAAUCUGAUGAUUCUUCUUCAGAUGUUGGGAUCAUUGAAAAUUCCCCCCUGACCACCAAUGGCUAUGAGGCAUGCAAGGAGGAGAACAUCGAUCCGCAAACAUCUUCUGCUUCUACUCGUUCGUUGGAUGAUGAUAACAACAAUGAGUGUCUGACAGAUAGCCAUGCUGAUUCAUUGUCUGCUGACAUCAUGUUGGAAACUUGUGCCACGAACUGUACAACAACCAAUAUGGCUUGUGAUUCCAAGGAGAAUCAUGGAGAGAACAGGAGCAUAAGUAUGACAACACAACUGCAACACGAGCAAAAUGCCACUAGCAGGGAGUUGUUCGAUCAGAAGGAAGAGGCUGUUGGUGAUGGUGUAACCUCAGCACUCCACGACAGUGAUGCACACUUAGAAUCAGCAUCAAAUGGUAAUCUGCUCGAAAUCAACAUUCCAGAAAUGAAGGCAGCAGAGGAAGAGCCUGGAAUUGCGGAUGAGAAAGCCGCAAAGGGGAAUUUAGAGUUGGGCUCAAAUGGCAAUUUGCCAGAAACUGAGGUUGCACAAUUUGAGGCAGUCGAGGAAGAAGAUCGCGGAAUAGUGGAUGAGAAAGCCGCAGAAGGGAAUUCAGCAUCACACUUGAAAAGGAAUAUUGCAGAAAUAGUGGGAGCUGCUGAGGCAGAAGCAGGAUUAUCAGAGGAGAAUCCUUCGAAAAGGCUUCGGCUGUUGGAAGAUGAGGCUCUCGACGGGACACCUCGAGAAGAAAGGUCUCCGGAGGCGGUGAUUGAUUUAUAG